AUGGACGCCGAGGAAAUGCUCGAGCCCUCGAGCUACACGGUCGGCUGGAUCUGCGCCCUCGCGACCGAGUUCAACGCGGCCAAGGCGUUUCUCGAGGUCGUCCACACCGGCGUCCCCUACACAUCGCAGCACGACACCAACACCUACGCGCUCGGGCGCAUCGGCCCGCACAAUGUUGUCAUCGCCGUGCUGCCGGACGGCGAGUACGGCACGACGACGGCCGCGACGGUCGCGCAGGGCCUGCUGGGCAGCUUCUCGAACGUGCGCGUAGGGCUGAUGGUCAGCAUCGGGGGCGGUGCGCCGAGCUCGCGGCACGAUAUCCGCCUCGGGGACGUUGUUGUGAGCAGUGCUGGGGCUGGGAAGGGAGGCGUGUUCCAGUACGACUACGGCAAGGUCAUCCAGGGGCAUGACUUCCAGCAUAACGACUAUUUAAACCGGCCGCCCACGUUACUGAGGACGGCGGUCAGCGCGCUUCGCAGCCAGCACGAGAUGGAGGGGAGCCAGCUUGACGAUAAGGUCCAGGCGGCCCUGCAGCGAUGGCCUAGAAUCAAGAAGAAAUACUCGCGCCCGGCUGCGGAUAGCGACCGACUUUACCUGUCGGACGUAUUGCACCGCAACUCUGACACGGCGAGUGACGACUGCGGAAAGACCUGCGGUAGUGAUCCGGCGCGGCUCAAGACUCGAGCCGCCCGGGAGGAAGACGAGGACGACCCGCAAAUUCACUAUGGUCUCAUUGCGAGCGGCAACUCGUUGAUGAAGGACGCCACGAUCCGCGACAAGAUGGCCGAAGAGAAGGGAGUGCUUUGUUUCGAGAUGGAAGCAGCCGGGCUCAUGAACCAUUUUCCGUGCCUUGUUAUCAGAGGGAUCUGCGAUUACUCGGACACACACAAGAACAAGCAGUGGCAGAGCUAUGCGGCAAUGGUUGCUGCCGCGGUUGCUGUAGACUUGCUCCGCCUCGUCUCGGCGACCAAGGUGGAACACGAGACCCGCCUCAAGGAUACUAUUAAGCACAAGACGAAAGCCGCCGUGAAAGCCACUAGCAGCGAGCAACAUCACGAAAAGAUUCGCUGCUGGCUGUCGCCGCCAGAUCCUUCUACUAAUGCAGCCGCGGCGAGAGAGCGGAGGCAAGCUGGUAGCGGGAGCUGGCUGUUCGAAAGCGAUGCAUUUCGGCAGUGGCAAUUUGGCCAGCGGCGGCAUCUCUGGCUUCAUGGGCGGGCUGGCUUCGGCAAGACAAUCCUUAGCACGACGAUAUACGAGCAGCUCGAGCUAGCGGGAGGAUUUACUCUGUUUCGCUUCUUCUUCGACUUCAGAGACGCGCGAAAGCAGUCCCUCGAGAGUCUUCUUCGGUCACUAGCCUAUCAACUGCACCAGAUGAGCAGUGAGCCAUCGCGGAUUGUUGAUCAGGCUUUCGAGUUGCAUGGCUCGGGUAAACGGCAGCCUGACUUGAGUGCCCUCUCCCAGACCAUUGUGGCGGCCCUCACCGCUACACCCAAGGCCGUGCUUGUCCUCGAUGCUCUCGAUGAAUGCACGACGCGUCGCGAGCUGUUGCUUUGGCUGAGAGACACUGUCAAGAACCUCGAGGGGUGUGAUUUCAAGCUCAUCGUGACGGCGAGGCCGGAGCCGGAGUUUGAGCGAGAAGUGCCUCCAGUCUUUGGCCCUGAGAACUGUGUCGCCCUGGACAAGACGGCAGUGGACGCCGAUAUUCGCUCCUACGUGAUGGCUGAGCUCCAGGAGCCCCGCUUCUCGGAAAAGGGCAUUCCUCAGAGCAUUCUGGAUAGCAUUGUGGACAAAGUGGGAGAUGGAGCGGACGGCAUGUUCAGGUGGGCAUUCUGCCAAAUGGAUGUUCUGGCAAGGUGCCAUCAUGCUGAAGCUCUUGAGGGAGCCUUGACGAGUCUGCCUAAGAGUCUUGACGAGACGUACGACCGCAUGCUGGCAAACAUCCCAACAGAGCUCCAGAGCGAUGCGGCCAGACUCCUGCGAUUCAUGCUGUCUAUGGACCGUCCAAUGACAGUAGACACCGCGAUUGAUGUCAUCGCCACACGCAUAGAUGGGGAGCAAGACAAACGUGGCUUCAACCGUGACCGCAGGCUGUUCCGAAAGCAUGACUUGCUUGAGUACUGUCCGGGGCUGAUAAUAUUCAGUCACGAGGAGGAUAUGCCGACAGUUCACCUUGCUCACUUCUCUGUCAAGGAGUAUCUUCACAGACACGAUCGAUUCCAGCAAGUCCUCAUCAGUGAAGAGGUAAGCCUGGUCUGUCUCAGCUACAUGAUGUCGGCCACAUACAAAGUCAUGAAGUUGUAUUCUCUAGCGUACUGGGCCAAGGAGCUCUGGAGCCGCCACACGAGGAUGGCGCAGAGUUCGGCAGCAGUGGUAGAGGUCGUGUCCCUUUUUCUACAAGACGAAAGAAGCCUUCAAGGAUGGCUUACUCCCUACGAGGAGUUCGAAACCGUGUUGGCUCCAAACGGGCUCUACUAUGCCUGCCAGCAUGGCCUGCUCCCGGUUGUGAGUAGGUUUCUUGCUGCUGGAAUGGCCAUUAAUGCCCAAGGGCGCGCUUUUGGGACGCCGCUUCAAGCCGCCGCCAGGUUCGGCCAUGAGGACGUUGUGACACUUCUGCUGCAGAGUGGUGCAGACGUCAACCUCCGUAAUGCACGCUACGGAUCUGCUCUGCAGGCAGCGGCCAGAGGGGGCCACCUGUCCAUUGUGCGCCAGCUUCUCGACAGCAAGGCAGAUAUUGAGUCGAGUGGUGGUCGUUAUGGCAGUGCGCUCCAGGCGGCGUGCUGGGGAAGGCAUGAAGACAUUGUACGUCUUCUGCUGCGUCGAGGAGCAACGGUAGAUCCUGAAGCGGGGGAAGGUUGGGCCGUUAAGUUCCUUAUAGGAUACAGGGACGGAGACGAGAGCGGUCGCCUGAUCGAGCACGAAGAAUCAUGGCAUUCCCUGGCUGGAAAGGACAUGUACCUGAGUGGGUUGGAGGUGGCUUCGGGCAUGGGCGACUGCGGGAUUGUGCAGUUGCUGUUGGACAACGGUGCUGCCGUAGGCCGGAUCAGCAAACGUGGCGGAGGCGCUCUGAUAUUAGCCGCGCAAGAAGGGUCCUGCGACAUUGUCAGGCUCCUGCUCGACAGGCUGACUCCCGCAACGGCUGGAGCUUGCCGCGGUGGUGCCGCCGUGCUGGCUGCCCGUAAGUACCGGCAUGCGGACAUUGUUGGGGUCCUGCUGACCAGCGACAUGCUUGUCUUCACCGAGGACGAAUUCACCGAGGCACUUAUCGGAGCCUGUGAAAGUGGAGAACUGGCCAACGUCCAGCUUCUGUUUGGCCACGGCGCAGUUGCAAACACAGAAAACUAUUAUGGCAUGACGCCUCUCAUGGCAGCUGUGUACGAGGGCUCGCUCGAGAUUGUGCGGUAUUUGGUCUCGCAUGGAGCAGACGUCAACGCCAUAGGCUCGCUCGAGAUUGUGCAGUAUUUGGUGUUGAACGGCGCAGACGUCAACCCGAAGUCUGAAAACUUCUGCCUCGAUACUCCUCUCGCUGCAUGCCUCACCGCCGGCUACCGCUUCGACUUUGCCAUUCUGCAACUGCUCAUUGCCCAUGGGGCCGAUGUAAAUGCACCAAGCCAAUCUUUCGAGACCACCCCGCUCAUUCUCACGCUUGACUUCUGGCCUGGAGCCCCCAAGCAUGUAGCAAAGUACUUGCUGGACCACGGGGCGGACGUCAACCUCCCGGGCGGCUGGCGAAAGCGCACGCCCCUUGAAGUCAGCUUGGGCAGGGGUAAUGCUGCGUACACCAAGCUGUUACUACAAUACGGCGCCGAAACUGGUUCUCUUGACGAUUCUCGAAGAGAACAAAUGCUGAAGCUUCUCUCUAUGGAAAGCGGCACGCCAGCUGAACAACCAAAAGGGUCUGGAAGCAUCUGA